UGUGGAGGAGCAGAGCCUGCAAGGCAGGGUGACGGCGGCGUUUGUUAAAAAAAAAAAGGGAAAACCUGAAACAAAAAUACAAAGAUCUGAAAUGUCCGCAGACGGGGGUGAGCACUGAGGAUGGAGGGGUCACAGCAGCGUCCUGGAAGUGGUACACUGCCAUGGAUGAGGCAAUUGGGGGCAGACCCUCCAUCUCUCCUCCUGCCCUCGUUGCCUCAUGUGGGCCGGAUGCUGCUGUGGUCUCUUCAUCCUCAGUGAGGCCAGAGCCAGCAAGAGCCAGGAAAAGGGCUAUAGAUGUGGAGGAGCUGAUCCGGGACAUGGAGGAGCGAGAAGAGGAGAGAGAGCGGAAGGCAGCUGAGAGGGAGGAGAGACUGUGGAGAGAAAUGGAGGAGAAGGAGGACAGAAGAGAACGGGAGAGACGAGAGAGAGAGGAAAGACAAGAAAGAGAAGGACAAUGACCCUGGACAAACCUGGACUAAAGAGCCUUGCUGAUUGACCAGCAAUCUUCU